GUCCUUUCCCUUCCACGAGGACACGUUCAUGCCUGUCUGUUCGGACUCUGCCCCAGUUUUUACUCUUUAUUCUUGUUUUUAACAAUACUACCGGGAUGGACAUCGAUAAAAACCCAACCGUAGAAGCCGGAGCAACAGCUAUGGAGAGUAAAGAAGACGCAGAUUCUUUCACUAAAGUAAAAUCUAGAAAAACUCAGAAGAGAAAACUUGAACCGGACGGAGCGGACAUGGACACGGAGGAGCCGGUGAAACGGCCUCAGUUUAAACCGCUGUCAGGAGACAAACUACGGGGUCCGGAUGAGAUGCGUAAAAUCCCUGUUCCUGCUCACAGAUACACCCCUCUGAAGGACAACUGGCUGAAGAUCUUCACUCCCAUUGUAGAAAACCUGCAUCUGCAAGUCAGAUUCAACCUCAAGACCAGAAACGUCGAAAUCAAAACGUGUAAAGAAACACAGGACAUCGGUUCACUGACAAAAGCUGCAGAUUUCGUUAAAGCGUUUAUUCUUGGAUUCCAGGUUGAAGACGCUCUGGCUCUCAUCAGAUUAGACGAGCUUUUCCUCGAAAGCUUCGAUGUCACGGACGUAAAACCUCUGAAGGGCGACCACUUAUCCAGAGCCAUCGGGAGGAUAGCGGGGAAGGGAGGAAAAACCAAAUUCACCAUCGAAAACGUCACAAAGACUCGUAUUGUCCUCGCAGACACAAAAGUUCACAUAUUAGGGUCUUUCCAGAACAUCAAGAUGGCUCGAACAGCGAUCUGCAACCUGAUCUUGGGAAGUCCACCUUCAAAGGUCUACGGCAACAUCAGAGUGGUGGCCAGCAGGACGGCAGAGAGAUUCUGAAGUCUAAUUGGUCGCCGUGUGUAUUUAUCUCCUCCCCCAUUGGCUGAAAGUUUGUGUAAAUAAAUAAAAGAAUCGACUAAAGAA